ACUACGUACAUUGUGCAAGUUGAUGUGGUGGUGGUGAGUUUGUCAUCAUUCAUCACAUGUUUUAUAUUUAUUGAAUAUUUUAAUUUUUUAUCGGCCAGUAAUUACUAGUUAGUUAUUUUUCUCUUUUCUACUUAAUUCGAUAACUCGAUCAGCAUGAGUUGUCAGGAGAAGGUGGUGAAAAGCAGUUUUAAAUUUUGAUCGAGGUUAGUGCACUGUGAUGAUGUCAAAAUAAAGGCAUCAAAAACGAAGAAGUAUGGGUUACAUGUUGAUAAAAUAAAACACAGAUCUCAACUCCUGAUUAUAUGCACAUAAUCAUAAUCUUGGCAAUAACAUGGAAUUAUUCGCGACAGACAGUCACUUUAUUUUACUCGAUGGAGAAGAUUCCUUAUGGAUUGAUCGUAGCAAUGGGAGGUGUGACGCGAAGAAAGGCACGUCCGUGGAAUGUUUGGGGGAUGCAGAAGUCCUCGGAACCGUUUAUGGGUACAUUGGGAAACUUCGCGUCAGUUUCACAUCUGACGUAAGAUUGGUCUUCAUUCGGCAACAGGUUUUAGUCGGAAACAUGAAUAAUCUCCCAAUAUUUCGAAUAACUUCUGUAUUGAGCAUACCAUUAGAAGGAGAUUUAGAAAUUGCGAUUGAAAAUUGUUCCUGGAAAAAUGACAACAUUGCUACAAUCACGAAUGCGCCUAACAGUCCGACCCGUCAAGCACAACCUGGGAGUAGCGAUAUUUCUGCAGCUUCUUCGUUAUUAUCAGGGCGACCCCUAAUCCGAGCUAAGGUUCCUCCAAUACGCGGUUUAGUUUCUAAAAAAGUUGACAGUAAAGUAGACCGCCGCAUGUUGGAAGAGUUUCAUAAAAUGUUUACGGAAGCAGAGUCAUUUUACUAUUCUCCUGAACAAGAUAUAACAAAUAGUCUUCAAAGACGGCAGAAGUUUCUUCCAGUUGCCACCGAGAAAAAAGAUAAAGAAGUUGCAUCGGCUACAAUAACUCCAAAACUACCCUUAUGGGAAAUGGCAGACAAAAGGUUUUUCUGGAAUUGGUACAUGGUUAAAUCCUUAAUUAACGCACAAAACGACAAAUUAAAUAGAUGGAUUGUACCUGUGAUUCAAGGAUUUAUUCAAUAUGAACCGUGUAUUAUUGAGCACACAAUUGAUGCCAUGGGUCUGGAUGAAGCGACUACGAUCUCUGCUCCUAUUGGUGUGUGGCUGAUAUCAAGACGCAGUAGAUAUCAAGCUGGAACUCGAUAUUUACGACGUGGCGUUGAUGAUAAUGGAAAAGUGGCAAAUUAUGUAGAGUCGGAACAAAUCGUCGUUUAUAAAAAUCACAUGUUUUCAUUUGUGCAAGUUCGAGGUUCAAUUCCAGUCUUUUGGAGUCAAUCCAAUAGUUAUCGGUAUCGACCUCCACCAAAAAUUGAGCGAGAAGACGCCGAGACAUACGACGCCUUUACUAAACACUUUGAAGAAGAGUUAGGCAUUUACGACCGCGUUCUGAUCAUUAAUUUGGUUGAGAAGGGGGGCAAGGAGAAAGUUCUGGGAGAUGCGUAUAUAAAAAACGUGUUGCAGCUAAAUUCUUCCAAGAUAACUUAUGUUUCCUUUGACUUUCAUGUUCAGUGCCGAGGAAUGAAAUUCGAUAACGUCUCCAUCUUAACAAACAGACUAUGUGAUACGCUACGUAAAAUGGGAUACUGUUGGACUGAUCCGUAUGGAAUGGUGUUACAACAGGAAGGGAUAUUUCGUGUUAAUUGUGUCGAUUGUUUGGAUCGCACUAAUGUGGUACAGACCCAUUUAGCCAAGGAGAUGCUCACCUUUGAAUUAAGUAAAGUUGGUCUCAUCGCUCCAGAAAUUGGCCUUCCUUCCAACGUUAGAAUGAUUUUGCAAACCCUAUGGGCCAACAAUGGGGAUACUCUCAGCAAGCAAUAUGCAGGCACGAAUGCUCUCAAGGGUGAUUUCACAAGAACUGGAGAAAGAAAAUUUGCUGGUGUAAUGAAAGACGGGAUGAAUUCAGCGAAUCGGUAUUAUUUGAACCGAUUUCGAGAUACGAGUCGUCAAGCCGCUAUUGAUUUAAUGUUGGGUAUCAGAAAAUCAGUUUCUGAGGCUGAUUUUGACGAAGACGAGAAACAACAACCUUUUGAAAAAGAGAAUGGAACCGAACAAAUAAAAUCCAUAGUCGAGGAUGUAAAGCGGUGCAUGAUUCCAUCAGAUGAGGUUAUUUUGGGAGCAUGGGGUCUAGUAAAUGGAAAACUCAAUGAGCUGGACAGUCUCGAUGUGGAUUCGAUUUUCGUCUUGACCGAGCGUAAUUAUUACGUAACCGAGUAUGAUUGUUCUCUGGACACGAUGACAGAAACUCAAAGGACUCCACUUACCUCUAUAGCCUCGAUUGAAUUAAGCUUUGAAGCAUUAACCCAUACAACCACAGUUUGGAGUAUUUUUUCCAGUAACAAUUCUAGUCAAACGAUGGUCCCGAAUAUGAAGAUAAAUUAUUGUCAAGAUGGCCAAUCCCAGUAUCACGAGUUUAGAUCUUCAAAUAUACGGUUUUUCAAUAAUGUAGCAGUUCCUAUUCAGCAGCCGGAAGAAAUGCAUGAAGCACUACGCAUGGUGUCUGAUGCUGUGAAAGUCGCCUCUGCUUCUCUGGGCAAUAACUUUGAUAUCACGACUACUCCAUUAUUUCAAAAAGAUUCCAGCAAUAAAGGUCGGAUUCCGGGAAUGGCGAGUAAUUUUAUGAACAAAUACCUCUCAACGGCUCAACCUGCAGAUUCGAGCAUUACAAAAAAAAUCUCUGCUGCUUCAUUUGACCGAUUAAAAUAUUUUCGAAGAGGAUCUGGCACUUUACCGAAUGGAGAAUUGAACAGUGGUGAACAAGUUGAUGGAACUGCACAGGCGAUAUCGGAACCCAAAUUAGGAACUCAAGCAUCUACUCAAAUGAAUCAGGAUCCAACUUUACAUCUUGGUAAAGGAAUGAAGAACGACAAUGAAUUUCAGGAUUUGAUAGAUUUGAACGCAAUGACUCCAGAUCCACUUCACAUCCAAUCAUUAUUUCCAUUGGAAAACGAUCUAGUCUUACCUAGUUGUGGAAUUUUGUCCCCCGGACGUCGAAACAACAUUUCUCAGACGAUACCCGACAUGAUAUCGAGUCCUCUUCUUGUUAUGACGGAAGCUGGGAGGAGUGGAAACAAAUCAGAACUUCAACCUCUACCAUUAUCUCAAGAUUCAAGUUCAACGGAAGUCAGCCCAUCUCGACAUGCAGGUCCAAAACUCGGACUCUCAACCAUGAACUCUCUCCAACGUCACAGAAACUCACUUCCCGUGUGCAGUCUUGGCGUUACAAUGUCAGGCAUGCAUACCACAUCACCACAAAGAUCUCGAACGCCAGAAAUAACCAUUACGGAAGAAUUGUCGUCUGCAGGAAUAGUUACACCUUCGACAAAAGACGAUACUAUUUUUUCUAUUCCACAACAAUCAUCAUCUCUUAAAGUAGCAAUGCGUCGAAUUAGUCGCUCAUCUGAAGAUGUAAAUAAAGUUGGAGGAUUUGGAGGGUUUGGGAUGCCACGAAUUAACGCACAAAAUACUACCGGUUUCAAACUACCAAACAUUUUCGGGACAUCUAAAACAGACCAGAGAUCCUCCUCCAAUCAAAACAUCUUUGAUUCUGUCGGUUUGAAAGGAUCCCACAGUGAUAAUGCUCUCCGAGAUAAUCCCUUUCAAUCUAGCCAGCAACCUCAAAAACGAGGCGAAAUGGUUCUGGCUCCAUUAGGAAAGUUAGCGAAAGGAAUGCAAAGCUUGGGAGCAAAUUAUCUGGACCCCAGAAAAAUCCGAGAAUCAUUGAAGCCCAUCGUAAAACAGGAUUCUUUCGAAGAUAAGGAACUCGAAGAAAAAAAGCGACUUAGUGAGACAGAAUUUAUUGACGUCUAGUUAUAGAGAGAUUCCACCAAGAUAGGCAGAUUAGAGAGAUGAUUGUGGAUGAUUAUUUAUGUAAAAAAAAUAUACCUGAGUCUGUAUAAUAUUUAUUCUGUAGUCAAUAUCCAAAAAAAAACAGAGGAAGCAGUAUUACUAAUUUUUCUCACGCAGCCAAAGAAUUACCAAAUACCAAAAUAUUCGUGUCUAUAUAUCAAAACAUUCCAUAAAUUUUCAUCUAUUUCCAAAUUCGACUCGACACUUUACGAAUUGUAUUAAUAACUUUGUAUGCAGCUUUUACCCACCACACACUCACCCUUUUACUGAUGAGAAGACAACAAAAUAGUAUUUUUAAUCAAGUCGAUUCGAGUAUUUUCUCCUAGUCUUAUACACCACGCGCCUAUUCAACUCAAGAAGCCUUUUAAUACUGGAUCAUAAUUAUGCAUGGUCGAUCUGUUAAGGAGGAGGUGGGGCUGAAGUAUGGUUUUGCUAAUUGUGUUGAUGAACAAAACAAUAAUAACGUCAGAAUUCUUUCGGAUAUUUUACAAUAAUAAUAUUGCUCCUAAUUUGCGACCAGUUUUAAUCUUACAAAUCCAAAAUAAUCCGAUUUGCUCAUGCCUGCACGCAAUCGCAAAUAUUUAAUGAAAAAUGUAACACUUGAACAAGUCUUAAUCAAUCAUGAAUAAACAAUCACUCAUUAAAUUAAA